AUGAUAUACACUAUAUCGUACGUUAUAUGCCGUGAUUGUAACUUAUGUGUUCUAUGUGGUGGGAUGAGAUUGAAGAGUGUUGAACAACGAGUCUUUGAAAAUAGUAACUACUGCUUCUCGGUUUUCUUGAUUUAA